AGGAAACAAGUGGAGGGACACCUACACAUUAUCUUCCUCAUCCUUUUUCUUCUAUUGUAAACCUCAGAAAAAAAAAAAAAAAAAAAAAACAUAUUUGACCAUGGCUACAGAAGCCACCGAUACAAAAACAUGUGACAAAUCAUUUUGCGAAGAUCAUCUGCUACUAAGCCCUAAAGACGUUGGAUGACGCGAUCUGAUCACGCUUUUGUUCUCAAAAAAUAUUGCAAACCGGAAGGGUAUUGACUGUCCUGCUGGGACAACCGAAGAAACCUUUACGCUACGGUUUGUCAUCUUUAUAUCCAUUGUUGCCCAAAAGGUUCUUCUUUUACUAUACAAACCAUUGAGUUGGGUUGGCUCAGCGAUUGAAUUUAUGCCCAACUUUAUGUUAGCAAAUGGAGGCUUGUCAAAACUUCUUUUUAAUGUAGUAUCAGGAAAAAUGGUGCUUCCUAAUAAGGAGUCACCUGAGUACUUAACGACAAUUGGGCUACUGGAUAUACGAAGGGAUCUAGACAAUAGGAUCAAGCAUGAAGAUCCUAGGUAUAUAAGCGCGCUUGCCGUUAUGGCUUCUAAAUCUGCCUAUGAAAAUAAGGAACAUAUCAAAGAAACUGUCGAGACGCAUUGGAAGAUGGAGUUCUUAGAGUUCUUUGAUUGUUGGAAUGAUUAUGAAGAGGAUAACACAACACAAGGGUUCAUGUGGAGCGGAAAGAAUGGAGAUUUUGAGCUCAUAGGAGUUUGCUUUAGAGGCACAUCACCGUUCAAUGCUAAAGACUUGUCUUCUGAUGUUGAUCUAUCAUGGUACAAGCUCCCUGGCAUAGGCAAGGUCCAUGCAGGUUUCUUGAAAGCCCUAGGAUUACAAAAGAGCCAAGGGUGGCCAAAAGACAUCCAAUUAGACGAUAAAAAACCCUACGCGUACUAUGCGAUCAGAGAAAAGCUUAGAAAACGUCUUGAGAACAACCCAAAUGCUAAAUUCUUGUUAACUGGACAUAGUUUAGGGGGGGCAUUAUCAGUAGUCUUUCCAGCCAUUUUGGCAUACCAUGAUGAGACCAAUUUGCUAUCGAAACUUGAAGGGGUGUACACAUUUGGACAACCCAAGGUUGGAGAUCAUAAGUUUGGUGAAUACAUGAAAGUGGUGUUAGUAACUUAUGGUUUAACGUACCAUAGGUUUGUUUAUUGCAAUGAUUUGGUGCCUAGAGUGCCCUUUGAUAGUUCUGAUCUUUACUUCAAGCAUUUUGGUGGUUGUUAUUAUUACAAUAGCUUCUACAAGGGUCAGGUACUCGCUGAAGAACCAAACAAGAACUACUUCUCAAUAUUUGCUAUAAUACCCAUGUUUGCAAAUGCAUUUUGGGAGCUGUUGAGGAGCUUCAUCAUGUAUUAUCAAAAUGGACCAGAAUACUAUGAAACCUAUACUUGCAAAGGCUGGAGAGUGAUCGGACUUUUGAUUGCAGGAUUGUCUGCCCACGGUCCAACAGAUUACGUUAAUCUUACUAGGUUGGGAUCACCUAAACUCUGCAUGACUUCAUUGGCAAAUUAGUCAAACAAGGGUGUUAAUUAAGUGAUGGCAAUUAGGCGUAACAUAACAAAUUUGCUGUAAAAAGUAACCAGAAAUACCUUAGUCUCUAUUUUUUCAUCAAAGUAGGUAACUUGUCAUCUCAAAACUAAUUAAAUGAAAUUUUUAUUUCCUAUUGUAAUUGAAAAAACCAAUUUUCUUA